UAACUUCAGAUGUAAAUAUUAUGACAUAUACAAUAUUCUGACGAAAGACUAUGAGAGAUUGAUUGCACAUUGAAGGGCUUUACCUUAUACCCCCUCCCUAUAUUUAAAAAGAUUCUAGUCAUGAGAUUAAUGAGAGUUCUCUUUCUCCUUUUUAUAGGACUGUGUGCUUUAGUCUCGAUCAUGAUAGUCCAGACUCUCUACCUGCAAGCAGAGGGGGCAGUCCACGAGAACAGAUCAUCAUCAUUUGCCCAGACUUUCAACAAACUCAGAUACUACUUAUUUUUACCCCGCACUAAACUACAAUUGUUUAUAAGGAAUUUAAGGAACAAAUAUAAGGGUUCACCGUCUGCUAUAAUAUCUGAGCCAGAUUCAGAUGGUGCCGCAGAGGUCAGAAAUAUAAUCGCUGAUAUGGUCACUCAGAAGGAGUAUGUACAGUAUUUAGUUUUAGUAAUAACUGCCCCCGGUAAAAAAGAAAUAAGGGCUCUCAUUAGAGAUGAAGGGUACUGGGCCUAUAACUGGACGGACUCUGAGGGCAAACCUAUCAACUGGAAACACUUCUUCGUUGUUGGCCAGAAUGAAGAUGAGAAUGUAAAUGCUGCAGUACUGCAAGAGGCCAAAGAAUUUGGUGACAUUCUAAUCGGAAAUUUUGAGGACUCUUACAAGAAUUUAGUUUUUAAAAGCUUGUGGCUCAUCGAAUGGGCUGUUAAUAGAUAUGAUUUCGACACCAUGGUAAAGUGUGAUGACGACACAAUAAUAAACAUGUCCAAGUACCACGAACUGAUGAAACAGCAAGAUCUCUCAGUGCCCUUUUUUGGAGGUGUCAGAUUCGGGGGCAUGCCUGUAUUUAGACAUGGCCGGUAUGAAGUGAAGCCUGAAGAGUGGGCCCCUGAUAAGUUCUCUCCCUACUGUUCUGGUGGCGGCUACACUCUCAACAGUCAAGCUAUUCAUAAAUUUCUAGAUGUCCACUACUCUGGUGUCCAACCUGUUUUUCUGGUUGAAGAUGCUUUUAUGGGGACACUGGCUUAUCAUGCUAAGAUAGACCCAGUCCAACUAGUGCCCUAUUUCCGUGCCUUCAGCCCCCACAAGUUCUGUUACAACGACCAGUCGACUUUAUUACACUACGUUAAAGAGUCUAACCAGCGAACUUACAUGGAGUUUCAUAAGUCCAUGGGGAGGUUUUGUAAUGAAAAAUGGGUUUUUGAUCAUAAACAGUGACCUGGUUUAGUUGUUUACUUUGGUUAUUUUUUCUUAUUAAGUUGUUCUAUUUGUUUAAUUUUACCAUCCAUGUUUUUGAUCGAGAAUCAACCAAUGUGAGUUGUAGUGGGGUCGAUUAAGAAGCUGUCAGAGUUUAGUUCUGUAAUAUCCUGGAAGAGCAUUACUCAUCAAUACCAGUUCCAUGUAGGGUUUCAUUUAUAAUUAAAAAUAUUUACUGAAGAGCUAUCUAAAAUUAACUAAAGAGUCAUUAUUGUGUUUGAGUCUUGUAAUUUGAAGAUUUGACACUUUAUUUAAGUAGCGGAUUACUUCUUCUUAUGAUUAUAAAUUAAUAGUUGAUUAUAUAGAUUGUAUGGUUGCACUAAGUACUUGUUGUAAUUGUUGAUACGGGGUAACAUCUUAAAUAUGUAAUAAAUAGUGAUUAUACAUUAAUGUAGAAAUUUUAAGGUAAACAGAUUGAAGAUAAAUGCAACGUUAUAUAGUUCUAGUGUAACGUCACAAUAGUGAAUUUAAUAUACAGUUGAUGUAGCUACUGUUAAUUAAUCCUGUUACGUUUUUAGAUUAUAGAAUUACAUUAUGAUUUAUGAUUUUAUAUAGGUAAGGCAUGUUUUUAUUUCUGAUAAUAUUACUAAACAUAAUUACGAGCAGAAUUUUCUAG